UUUGUAUGUGAAACGGAAGUCUUGAGAUAGACUGAACAAAAGAGGCAACAGCAACUUACACCGAUGCAGAGCGAUAUACAGCGAGAGAGUGAGAACGGAUUAGCCUUGCUCAAAGGAAGUUUCUGAGAUGGAAGCAGCUCACAUCAGCCCAGAGCUUCCUAUUCGAUGGGUUGUUUCUGCAGACAGGACUGUUGAGAUCAAGGAGGAAGUGACUGAGCUGGGGUGUGACCAGGCCAAUGAAUGGAUCCUGCAAGAGGAAACACCACCUUCUAGUAUCACUGAGAGAGAUGCCAAAGAGAGCCAUGCUAUACUUAAAUGUGAAGCACAGGAGGGGCCAAGGAUAGAAGCAGUUUACACACUACAGGAGUCAUUUGAUCAGGAGUGGUGUGCAAGUCUAAAGCAGGUUACAGAGCUGACAUGUGUUAAAGAUGAAGAGGUCCCUCGACUGGAAUGUGUUCCUAUUAAAGAGGAAUUCAUAGAACAGGAAUGUGUCCCCAUCGCAGAGGAAGUUCCUACUGAAAAUAAUGUCUGUACUCUUGAGGAGAACAAUAAGCCUGGAUCCAGCCUGUGUGAUGAUUGUCCACCUGAAUGUGAACUGGGAUUUAGAGCUGCUAAAGGAAAUCUCACAGGAGGGACCCCAUUUCCCUGUGCUGAUUGUGGGAAGAGUUUCAGUCAUUUAUCACAGCUUAAAAUCCACCAGCGGGUUCACACAGGAGAAAAACCUUAUCCCUGCAUUGAGUGUGGGAAAAGAUUCAGUCGUUUUUCAGACCUUAAAAGACACCAACGGGUUCACACAGGAGAUAAACCACAUCCCUGCACUGAGUGUGAGAAGAGAUUCAGUCGUUUAUCAGACCUUAAAAGACACCAACGAAUUCACACAGGAGAGAAACCUCAACACUGCACUGAGUGUGGGAAGAGAUUAGGUUCUUUAUCACAGUUUACAAUCCACCAGCGCAUUCACACAGGAGAGAAACCUCAUCACUGUACUAAGUGUGGGAAGAGUUUCAGUCAUUUAUCACAGCUUAAAAUCCACCGGCGUGUUCACACAGGAGAGAAACCUUAUAACUGCACAGAGUGUGGGAAGUGUUUCACUCGUUUGUCAGACCUUAAAAGACACCAGCGGGUUCACACAGGAGAGAAACCUUAUCACUGCACUGAGUGUGGGAAGAGUUUCACACGAUUAGCAAGUCUUCAAUCACACCAGCACAUUCACACAGGAGAGAAACCUUAUCACUGUACCGAGUGUGGCAAGAGUUUCACGCGAUUGGCAAGUCUUCAAUCACACCAGCGCAUUCACACAGGAUAGAAACCUUAUCACUGUGCUGAAUGUGGCAAGAGUUUCACAUAUUUAAAUUCCUUGAAAAUACACCAGCUGACUCACCAAAAUGCGAAAUCUUAUCAAUGUAGUGAAUGUCUGAAGAGUUUCAGUCACUUACCAAACCUUAAAAAACACCAUGAAAUUUACACAAGAGUGGAGCCCUAUCCCUGCAUUUAAUGUGGGAAGAAGUUCAGUCAGUUACUGGGUCUUGAAGGACACAAGAGAAUCCACAGAAUUUUAGACACUUGAGGACACAUUGAAACCAGGAGUAAAUCUGACUAAAAUACAGAGAUAUUUACUGAAAAGAAAAUAAUAAAGUUGCUUGAUAAAUAGGGUAAUUCCUAAUCACUUCAGAUCAAAAAUGUACACUCACGGAUUGAAAAUAUGAACUACUACAUCUUGUUUGGACCAUUGAUCAUCUUCUUGACCAUACUGUUUUUGUUACGACACAUUAGUAGUCUAUGAAAUAGAUUGUAAUUGUGUGAGCAAGAUUCCACUUUUGUCACUUGCAUUGCUGAGUCUCUUCAAGAACAUUAAGAACAUAAGAAAGUUUACAAACGAGAGGAGGCUAUUUGACCCAUUUUGCUAAUUUGGUUGUUAGUAGCUUAUUGAUCCUCACCAAACAGCUUCUUGAAGGAUCCCAGGGUGUCAGCUUCAACAACAUUACUGGGGAGUUGGUUCCAGACCCUCACAAUUCUCUGUGUAAAAAAGUGCCUCCUAUUUUCUGUUCUGAAUGCCCCUUUAUCUAAUCUCCAUUUGUGACCCCUGGUCCUUGUUUCUUUUUUCAGGUUGACAUUGUCCAUACCUUUUAGGAAUUUGAAUGCUUGAAUCAGAUCACCGUGUAAUCUUCUUUGUUCAAGACUGAAUAGAUUCAAUUAUUUUAGCCUGUCUGCAUACGACAUGCCUUUUAAGCCUGGGAUAAUUCUGGUUGCUCUUCUUUGCACUCUUUCUAGAGCAGCAAUAUCCUUUUUGUAACGAGGUGACCAGAACUGAACACAAUAUUUUAGGUGAGGUCUUACUAAUUCAUUGUAAAGUUUUAACAUUACUUCCCUUGAUUUCAAUUCAACACUUCUCACAAUAUAUCCGAGCAUCUUGUUGGCCUUUUUUAUAGCUUCCCCACAUUGUCUAGAUGAAGACAUUUCUGAGUCAACAUAAACUCCUAGGUCUUUUUCAUAGUUCCCUUCUUCAAUUUCAGCAUCUCCCAUAUGAUAUUUAUAAUGCACAUUUUUAUUGCCUACAUGCAAUACUUUACAUUGUUCUCUAUUAAAUUUUAUUUGCCAUGUGUCUGCCCAGUUCUGAAUGCUGUCUAGAUCAUUUUGAAUGACCUUUGCUGCUGCAACAGUGUUUGCCACUCCUCCUAUUUUUGUGUCGUCUGCAAAUUUAAGGAGUUUGCUUACUAUACCAGAAUCUAAAUCGUUAAUGUAGAUUAGGAAUAGCAGAGGACCUAAUACUGAUCCCUGUGGUACACCACUGGUUAUCUCGCUCCAUUUUGAGGUUUCUCCUCUAAUCAGUACUUUCUGUUUUCUACAUGUUAACCACUCCCUAAUCCAUGUGCAUGCAUUUCCUUGAAUCCCUACUGCGUUCAGUUUGAGAAUUAAUCUUUUAUGCGGGACUUUGUCAAAAGCUUUCUGGAAAUCUAAAUAAACCAUGUUGUAUGCUUUGCAAUUAUCCAUUUUCAAUGUUGCAUCCGCAAAAAAGUUAAGUAGUUUAGUUAGACACAAUCUCCCUUUCCUAAAACCAUGCUGACUGUCUCCCAGGAUAUUGUUACCAUAUAGGUAAUUUUCCAUUUUGGAUCUUAUUAUAGUUUCCAUAAGUUUACAUAUAAUAGAAGUCAGGCUUAUUGGUCUGUAGUUACCUGGUUCGGUUUUGUCUCCAUUUUUGUGGAUCGGAAUUACGUUUGCUAUUUUCCAUUCUGUCGGUACAACCCCUGUGUCAAUAGACUGUUGCAUGACCUUGGUUAGCGGUUUGUAAAUAACUUCUUUCAUUUCUUUGAAUACUAGUGGGAGGAUCUUAUCCGACCCAGGGGAUUUGUUUAUUUUAAGAGCUCCUAGUCCCUUUAACACUUCUGCCUCUGUUAUGCUAAAGUUAUUUAAAAUUGGAUUGGAACAGGUCGACAUGUGGGGCAGGUUGUCCGUGACCUCCUUUGUAAAAACCUGUGAAAAGUAAUCAUUUAAUAUAUUUGCUAUUUUUUUUCUUUAUCUGUGAUUUUGCCAUUUGUGUCUCUUAGACAUUUAACCUCCUCUUUGAAUGUUCUCUUGCUGUUAUAAUAUUGGAAAAACAUUUUGGAAUUGGUUUUAGCCCCCUUAGCAAUAUUGAUUUCUCUCUUGGCCUUUCUAACUUCCUUUUUGACUUGUGUUUGCAGUUCCAAGUACUCUUUCUGUGUACUUUGUUUUUGGUCCCUUUUAAACGCUCUGUAAAGUGCCUUUUUUCGCUGAAUAUUUUUCUUAAUUGAUCUAUUAAACCAUUUUGGCCAUUUUGUUUUAGAUUGAGAUUUGUCUACUUUUUUGAUGUAAUUGUUUUGUGCCUCUAGUACUACAUUUUUAAAAAACAGCCAUCCUUUUUCUGUGGAUGUUUACUCUAUUUUACUCUAAUCUACUUCUGUUAGUUUCUGUUUCAUACCUUCAUAGUUUGCUUUUCUAAAACUGUAAACCUUAGCUUUAGUCAUUACUUUUGGGGGUUUAAAAAAUAUUUCAAAUGAGACCAUGUUGUGGUCUGAGUUUGCCAAUCGCACUCUGACUUCUGUUUUAGUUAUUCUGUCUUCGCUAUUUGAAAAGACUAAAUCAAGGCAUGCCUCCCCUCUAGUCGGUGCCUUGACAAAUUGCAUUAGAAAACAGUCAUUUGUCAUUUCCACCAUUUCAGUUUUGUCCGUCGUGCCCCCCAUCGGGUUUUCCCAUUUUAUAUGGGGGAAGUUGAAAUCCCCCAUUAGUAUGGCUUCUCCUUUUCUACACGCAUUAUGAAUGCCAUUGUAUAACAGAUUAUUUUGCUCAGCGUCUGAAUUUGGCGGUCUAUAGCAUGCUCCUAUUAUUAUGCCCUUUAAAUUUGUGUCCAUUAUUCUGACCCAUAUUUGUUUUCUUUGUCCUGAUUUAACACCUGGGCUUCAAGACUAUUUCUUAUGAUAGUGCUACCCCUCCGCCUCUUUUGUCCUGCCUGUCUUUCCUAUACAUUGUGUACCCACUAAUAUUAUAUUCGUCUCCAUCACUCUCAGACAACCAAGUUUCUGUAACACCUAUUACAUCGUAGUUACUUGUUAGUGCAGUGGCUUCAAGUUUUAACAUUUUGUUUCUGAGACUUCUAGCAUUUAGAUAAAUACAUGUAAUAGUUGUCUUACCUGAGUUGUUGCCCUUGUUUUGAUGUGGUCUCCCUUCUGUUUUUUUGUUUUCUCCCCCCUUUCUAGCUUAAAUGCUUCUGUACCGCCUGAAGGAUCCUUUCUCCGAGUAGAUUGGUUCCCUUUCUGUUUAAGUGCAGUCCGUCCCACCUAUAUAAAUAGUCCUUGUUGUAGAAUAUGCUCCAAUGUUUAAGAAAGGUGAAACCUUCCUGUGUGCACCACGAUUUCAGCCAUGCAUUUUGAUUUUGUAUUUCCAGCUGUCCAUAUGGUCCUUUGCAAGGUGUCGGCAGUAUCCCAGAAAAUACCAUCUUGUCUUUUAAUUUCCUUCCUCGCUCUCUGAAUUUGUUUUGCAGGGUUCUUGGUCUGUCUUUUACAAUGUUGUUUGUACCGAUGUGGACGACUACUACCGGGUCGUCUCCUGUUCAUUCUAGGAGCCUGUCCACAUUCUCAGUGAUGUGCUUGACAGAGGCUCCUGGAAGGCAGCACACUGUUGUAGUAAGGGGGUCCAAACUGCGAACUGAACUUGCUGUGUUUCUCAGUAUGGAGUCUCCAACGAUCAUGACCUCCCCUUUUGCUGCCUGGCCAGCACUGUUUAUAGGGUCCUGGAUGUUGUUUUUUUCAUUCUCUUGAUGUUGGUUUUGGUCAUCUGAAUGUUGAAGUGGCUCAAAAUUGUUGGAUGUCUGGAUUUCUCGUGGUUGUGUUUGACGACGUUUGUCUUUUUCCCUGCUUCUGCCUAUCUGAACCCAGCUGUUUCGACUUUCUUCCACCUCCGUGGUGGCUUUCAGUCUGCUAGGGGUGCAGACUUCCAUGAAUUGUGGGUGUGUCAGCUCCUCAAGCUCCUGUUGCUGUCUCAUUUCCUCCAGCUCCUUUUCUAGCAGGCUUAAUCGCUGAAGCAAGUCCUGGAUGGUGCGGCACUUUACACAAACUUGGUUUUCUCGGAUUUCCCACAUCAUGCAGUUGUCACAGAUUACUGGCUUGAAGACCUUUUUUUUUUUUUUUUUUUUUGGAAGUUUAGUUUAGCUUCUACAGCUGUCAACCUGCUUUCAACUGCUCCUAACUGCGUUGUACUUGUCCACGACUGUACUUCUCCCACGCUGUCGCUGGGAACACUGCCUGCCUUUUGUUUGUUUGUGUUUGUGCUGCGGGCUCCGCCCCUCCCCCGUGUCUCAGAACAACACAUAAUUUGAAUAAGCUGCUCCGAGUUUCAGAAAAAUACAUUCAGAAAAAUACAUGCAGCUGUAAGGCUUUAAGCUGCAAUGUUUUCUGAUUAAAGCAACUCCAGAUUUAAUUUAAAGAUGCAAUUCCUCCUUUCUGCUUCUAACUGCGUUGUACUUGUCCACGACUGUACUUCUCCCUGAUAUAAGUUACAAAUAGAAACAGUCCCAAUGGUGUAUAUACAGUUAUGGGUAAUGGGGAUUCUCCAGGUGUAAAUGUUUGCCAGUCCAUGUUGAAGCCUGGCAGGUUCCAUAUGCGUGCUUCUGUUUGUCUUGUUGCUCUACAGUAAUACAUUAUUGAUAAGUUAGGCUACAGCACUUUAAUUGCUCAUUUUAAAACUUAUUUCCAUUUCACAUCUGCUACAUUCUGCUGUACCACUCUUUAUUUCGUCUGUUUGCUCGUGUUCUGUAUUUGUGCUGUUGAUUGAGUUGGACAAGAGGCGUCUUUGUGUUUGAAGGAACAAUGGAUGGGUUCUGUGUAACCUUCCUCAGAUGAGGUAGAAUCAUUCCCAACACAAAACACAAAGACAACAGUAUACAAUUAUUUAUAAAAUAAAUUAUGUCAAUAUUAUUAAGUGUUGACAUGAUAAAUGACAGAUAACUCAAAAAAUACUGGCUUUAACACCCUACCAUCUCUGAUUUACGCCAAACUCAGUGCUCAGGGUUCAUGGCAAAACAAAAAAAGCACAUUCACGUUUUCAGCCUGAUCAGGUCAAGGGGUCAUAGUUGGUUGAUUUUGAACCCUCCAACUUUAAAUCGAUCUUAAACUCAAAAACUGUUUGAGCUGUGUUAGGUGUCCUUUUUAUUGGAAAUUGCAUGAGCAAUCCAGAAACUCAUUUAAAAUCGAUCAUAUGUGAUUGAUGACCUUUCAUGUCAUAUCUCGGCCAUCAAUCACCGAUCUUUUUUUUUUUUUUUUGCGUGGGUCAUAGCCAUGACUACGGGCCAUGUCUCCAUAUAAUUGGUUUAGGGCUCGGAUGGGUGGGGCGUGCAAUAUUAUAAUUACGAGGACGCAUCGCAGGCGCCACCAUUUCAGGUGAGUUCACUGCAGAUUAAUUUUGUUAUUAUUAGUUUACUUUUUCCAUGUUCUCGUUGUUUCUGUGUGUAUAUGUGUGUAAAAGGAUGCAGAGACAUUAUUUAGCUGUAGUCAUUUAUUAUUAUUAUUAUUAUUAUUAUUAUUAUUAUUAUUACGCUAUUUGUUUUUUUAUUAUUAGUUUACUUUUUCUUUGUUUCUGUGUGUGAUUUAUUUAUUCUAGUUUUGAAAAUAAAAUGUCGACCCAGGGGACUUUUUCAACCUGAAAAAAUAAACAAGGACCAGGGGUCACAAAUGGAGA